GUUUCUUCCCUUCUCCACGCUGCGUUUCGAGUCCCACUUCCCACGUCACCUCAUCCCCUUCAGUUCAACAGAGCCAUUUCGAAAUCCUGUCAACCCUUUCCCGACUGCAAUCCCUUUCUUGCCUCUUCUGACUCCAUCUCUAGAAGAGGUCAUAACACGAAAUUAGCCACCUGAUUCUGGAAUCCCUUGAUGAUAGCUCCCUGCAAGUAUUGCUUUUACUUUCAUUCUCAUUGCCCCCAUUUGUCAUCAUCAACAAACAAGCUGCAACUUCGUGAUCCUCUUCACUCAUCAUCACCAGACCAUCGAAACUACUCACCGGUAGCAAUACGGGUUUGCGCAUAUUCGGUCGGGUGGCACCGCAUGUGCCCGAACAAGGCCUCCAACUACCAGACUUCUUGCUGCACUCGCUACAGGGCCGCGUGAUCUUGGGCGCACUUGGGGUCGGGUUUCUUCCCUUGUUUAGGCUUCGAAACAACGCCGCUUGAACUCACCUCCAUCACUCCAUCAAUUCUAACCGGUUUCAAACGCUUCUUGCGGCGGGCUUUCUCGUCGUGAGGAAGGGUCAAAAAGGGUAAGCAGAGAUCGGGUGGGGGUUGUCUUUAUAGAGAUUGCCUACGGGUUCUUCUGGAAAACUUGUUGACCCAGUGACAGAGUGAGUCUGUUUUUCCUUUGAUAUGAUAAUGAACGAAAUUCAAGGGAAAAGAGGGGAAAAUGAGAGGAAAGGAAGGGGAGGGAGGGCUUGCGUGGUGGUAUUAGGGGACCUCGGGCGCAGCCCUCGUAUGCAGUAUCAUGCUCUUUCACUUGCUCGUCAGGUUUUUGCCAAACAAUUAUUAUUUGAGGGGCUAAAAGCAUAAAUUGCAUCAGACGUGGUUUUAGAGAUUGUGGAAGGCAUCUCUUGAGGUGGACAUUGUUGCAUAUGGGGGUUCCCAGCCCCACAUUGCAGUUCUAUCUCAACCAUCUAUACAUAUUCACACAAUGCCACCGUGGCUUGUAAUCCUUGAAGGCCUACCGAAGAUGCUCCGCCCUAUAAUGCUUUUGCUCAAGCCAUUAAUUCAGUUUUUCAUGCUUCUUUGGUUUCUUUGCAUAAAGAUACCUUCUCCUGAUGUCUUUAUUGUGCAGAAUCCUCCUUCAGUUCCUACUUUAGUGGCUGUAAAAUGGGCAAGCUCAUUGAGACGCUCUGCAUUUAUAAUUGAUUGGCAUAAUUUCGGAUAUACCCUGCUUGGGUUGUCGCUUGGGAGAAGUAGUCGCUUUGUCUCUGUCUAUCUUUGGUUUGAGAAGCGUUAUGGGAAGAUGGCAGAUGGGUCCCUAUGUGUGACAAAGGCAAUGCAACAUGAAUUGGCUCAAAACUGGGGAAUUAGAGCAACAGUGUUAUAUGAUCAGCCUCCUGAGUUUUUCCAUCCGGCUUCACUUGAGGAAAAGCAUGAGUUAUUUUGUAGACUAGAUAAAAUUCUCUGUGAGCCUCUUGGUGUACGGGAUAGUGUACACAAUGGACAUUUAGGAAUGCAGAACCAUGAGCUAAAUGAGACUCUGCUGACUUCCCAGGUUGGCAGUGACAUUUUCUUGAAACCAAACAGGCCAGCACUUGUUGUAAGCAGUACGAGCUGGACCCCCGAUGAGGAUUUUGGCCUUCUAUUGGAAGCAGCAGUAAUGUAUGAUAGGCGUGUUGCUGCAAUAUUAAAUGAAGAUGAUUCAACCAAUGAAGAGUUUGUGUGGAAGGAAAUCUCUCAGGGAAAGCAAUACUUGUACCCUAGAUUAUUGUUCAUCAUUACAGGUAAAGGGCCCGAGAAGGAAAAAUAUGAAGAGAAAAUAAGGAGGCUACACCUCAAACGUGUGGCAUUUCGUACGAUGUGGCUGUCAGCUGAGGAUUACCCGUUGCUCCUGGGAUCGGCAGACCUAGGGGUUUGUCUGCACACUUCCUCAUCGGGGUUAGACCUUCCAAUGAAGGUUGUGGAUAUGUUUGGUUGUGGUUUGCCUGUUUGUGCUGUUUCCUACUCUUGCAUUAAAGAACUUGUAAAAGUUGAGAAGAAUGGUGUCCUCUUUUCAUCAUCUUCAGAGCUAGCUGAUGAACUCUUGAUGCUCUUCAAAGGUUUUCCAGAUGGAUGUGAUGCGUUGAAGUUGCUGAGAAAUGGUACCUUGGAAAUGGGUUCAUCUGCAAGGUGGGCUACUGAGUGGGAAGAGCAUGCCAAACCAUUAAUAUCUGAGGUUAUCUCGCAGAAUAUCUGAUUUCUGAUAUCCAGCUAAAAUAUACAAAGGUUUUAAGAUUAGCAACUCCAGUUCAUCGACUCAGUUAUUUGGAUUAUAGCAUGAGGCCGGCUACUUUUUUUUUAGUUUGAUACUUCUCCAGAAAACUGUGCUCGGAGUUGGUAUUUUCAUCUGUUGAUCCUCUCUGUUUUGAUUUAAUGAAAACCCGCCUUUCUUUUGUUUCUUUAUGGUGUAAGGGUGAUUCUACUGUUUUCUUUUAUUAUAUAUGUUUAAUUUUUGUGUCU